UUUUUUUUUAUUUAUUAUUAUGCAGAAAAGAGGAAUUUAUAAUUUUCAGAAGAAUUCCAGAGACAGAAAUUUUAUGACAGGGAAAAACGUCUUCUUUGGGGACUCGAUGAUUAUUCUGUAAUUGCGGAGGGGAGUUUCAGUCGAUUUUGGUGUGUGAAGUGUUGAGAAGAAAUUCCGAAGAAAAAAUUUGUUAUAAGCCUAACGAUAAUUUGAAAUGAAGGAGAAAGUAAAAAAAAGCAGAAAAAAGAUUGUCCCAGAAUCAGAUUCUGAUUAUGACUCGUCUGAUGAAGAGCUGCAGGAGGCGUUUGCCAAAGGAUUGCUCAAACCAGGAUUAAAUUCCAUCGUCGUAACUGAGAAGAAGAAGACGAAUAAUAAUAUAGCCCAAUUGAAGAGGAAAACUGAAGAAAUGAAAUUGAAACUUCCCUGGAUAGAGCGUCUCGAUAUAGUGAAUCCUCCAGCUCCUUUGGCCCCGGAAUUAGCCCUCCAGCUUCAGGAGACAGAGGAACGUCGUUUAAAACUCGCAAAAGGAAAUAAAAAGCUCCCUCAGUACAAACCUGGAGAGGAUCCAGUGGUGAAUGACUUCAAACGAGAGACAAUGUUCCAUCGUCAGGCCCAGUCAGCUGUGAUGGAUGGCAUCACGAGAAUAAAAAAAUUGGGGGUACCCACGAUUCGCCCUGACGAUUACUUCGCCGAAAUGGUGAAGACUGACGAGCACAUGCACAAGGUCAGAGAGAAUCUGGCGAGAAAGCAGCUGGCGACUGAGAGAUCUGAGAAGGUGAGACAGCUGAGGCAGCAGAGAAAAGUGGGAAAGCAAAUGCAGAUCGAGGCGACUCUGAAAAAACAUGCGGAGAAGAAGAAAAUGCUGGACGAGGUGAAGAAGUACAGAAAGGGAAUUAGAAAGGAUUUGGAUUUCUUGGAUGACAAGAAGACUGCGAACAGGAGUGGGUCUGAUAAAGGGAAUCCGAGGAGGAGGAAGGGGAUUGAGAGAAUGAAGAUGAAGAACUCAAAAUUUGGAUUCGGGGGAAAAAAGAGGGGCAGCAAAAUGAAUACCAGGGAUAGUGCAGCGGAUGUCUCUGACUGGAAAAGACCUAGCAAAUUUCCCACUAAAGGGGGAAAGGUCAAGAAAAUGGCGAAAAAGGCGAUGAGACCGGGGAAAAAUAAAAGAGUCAGCAUCAAGGCGAGGAGGAAUUAAUUCUUAAGGAUUACUUUGUACAAUAAAUUCGAUAAUCGUAAGUCUAAUAGUUCAAUUUUUUAAAUCCCUCUUUGUUGGAUUUCUUUUGCUGCAUGAAUUAUUAUUAUUUUCUCUUCGAGUGCUGGGGUUGCAUUUCUCUUUUUGAUGACGACAGAAAAUACAGAAAGGGAAUUUUUGAAUGAUUUGGAUCUGUUGGGGAAUUUAUUUUUUAGAGACGAGGAAUUGUUUUUUCGACAAUAAAUAUGUUUUUAAUAGACAUACAUCUCGUACGAGGUUACACGAUAUUAAUACAUGGUCAUUUAACUGUCCAGCAAUCAAACACGUUUUGUAUUUUUUUAAUCCUUUUUUCAUCUUUUUUUUAUGUUUUUUUUUUUGCUUUUUUCUUUCUUGGUUGAUUUAAUAGUGUUAUACAUUUUGGUAAAUAAUCGUCAUUUUUUUUUCUUUACUCAUGAAGCUUUUUUUUCUCACAAUCGAAGCAAUUUUUGCAUAAUAAAAUUAAAUGGAAUCUGAAGAAUUGAAAAUUUUGAAAGUGCUCCCUCCAUUGUUUUUAAAUACAGUGAUUUUUUGUCGAAUUACUCGUCUAAUUCUCUAGGUUCAAUUUUUGACACUUAAUUUUUUACAAUUUUCACUUUUAUCUCCACAAUUAUAUCAAAAAUUCAUCGGGUGCUUUCAUCUCUAUUUUUUUUCACAUUUUUAUACCCUGCGCACCAGGAACUUAAUUCAAGAAUUGAUAGUUUACAAAUUUAUUUACCAAUUUAUCACCAUUUUUUAUAAAUCAGUGGAAAAAGAUUUUUUUUUGUAUAUUUUGUUUCAUUUGUUUUUUUUUUCACACGAGGCCUCGAGUAAUUAAAGAGGAACGCUUCAUAUCUCCAUUCAUUUUUGUACAAUUACUCAAAAGAAAGUGAAAACCAAAAA